AAAAUGGUCAGGUGGGAAAUUUUUAAACUGCGCAUGCGCAGAGUUGAAAUAUUUCAAAAGCCAUAACAACAUUGUCGCUGAGGACGCCCAUAAUUUUGCAUAAAUACUCGAACUUCAUGCAGUAAGCCUCUUGCAGACUGGUGUAAAAUGAGACAUUGAUUGCAAGCUAGUGUUCCCUUGGCCAGCCAGUAGUUUCACAAUGGAUUCGGACAGUGUGGAUGAUUAUCCAGUGAGAGAUACAGGAGCAGGCAGGAGUGCUUAUGAUGACAAAGUGAGUGAGCAGAAAAGAUCCCAGCAAAGGAGAGCUGUUGCUAAGAUAAGCCGUGAGGAGCUAGAGGACCAAUAUCUAAGACUUCACGAUGAAAACCUCAUCCUUAAGAGACACGCUAGGAAACAGGAGGAGAAGAUCAAGAAAAUGGCCACCAAGCUUCUACGCUUGGUCCAAGAUAACAAGAAGAAAGAUGGUGAAACAGGGGCAGGAGGAACGGGAGCAAGGAGGAAAGGAGGAAGAGAUAUUGAGACAGACGAGUUGAUUCAAGAACAGCAACAACGAAUCAGAGACGUAGAGAAACACUGUGAAGCCUACAAGAAGAAACUCAUGGUUGCAAAGCAGCAACUUGCUACACAAAGCCAAAGAAGAACACCAUACAACCAUGUCCAGUCAAGGAUAAACACAGGUAUGCCCAAGCCUCCUGGGGAUGGUGUACAAAGAAAUCUAAGAGUGCAGGGAAACAGAGCAGGGUCAGCAACUCCCAGAUCAAUACGUAAUGAUGUUCUACCUAGAUAUGGUCACAGUCUUCUAGAGGAAGCAAGAGCUGAAAACGAAAGGCUGAAUGAGGAGAUUGAUAACUUGCAUGAAAACUGUCAAAUCUUAGAUCAAGAGAAAGAAAUACUAAUGGAACAGAUUCGCAUCAAGGAGCUUGACCAUGAAGAAGUUCUUCUUAGACUGAAGGAACAGAUGUCAGCAGGUCAAAGGCAUACAGCAAAGAGUAAUAUACAGGAGAAUGUGGAUAUGAUCAAACUACAGAGGGAGGUGAAAGAGAAAUCUCAGAAGUUAGCUGCCCUUGAGGCCCAGUAUGCAACCUUACAGGAGAAUCUUCACACAGUGAAGACCAGUCAUGAUGCUGUUAUUGCUGAGAUGGAAGACUUGAAUAGAAAGCUACACCAGUCACAAGCAAAGUCACUCACACUACAGACGGAACUCAAACAAGGCUCAAAUUUACAGAGAAAUAUAUCAGAGCUGCAGGAGAGAAUUACAGACACUGAAAAUGAAAAAGAUAUUUUGAGAGAGGCUAAUGAAAAAUUACUGAACAGUGCCUUUGAUGCUGAGAGGGAACGUCAGUAUCGUGCCAAUGAGAAGCAACUCAAACUUCAGAUUGCUCAACUUGAGGCCACUCUCAAAGGAGAUCUCAAUGAUAAGAACACACUUCUGGAUAAACUCAAUGAAGAAAGAGAGGAGUAUGAGAAGCUACAGAAAGAGAAUCGUGAUAUGCAGGUGAAGUACUAUGCCGUCAGGAAGCAGCUCGAAGAAUUGCAAGAGAAGAUGAAGUUUUUCACCAAAGAGAGUGCUGUUGAUUGGAAUGAGAUGGAGGAGGCACUUAUACUUGUCAAGAAAAGAAAAGAGAGGGGUACACAGGAUCUGGACUUCUUAGAGAAGGUGGAUGAUGAAAUCAAUCGAGACAUGAAGAUCCAGAUGGGUGGGCUGCAGGCGGAGCAUGCAGACACAGUCAAUGAGCUGGAGAAGACACGCAACAUGCUCCUGCUUCAGAAUAAGAUCAACAGAGAUUACAAGCAGGAGGUGGAUAGCUCCACCAGGAGAUUGGAGGAUUACAAGCAGGAGUAUGAGACCAAGCUCGAUGAGUAUGCUCAGCUCCUCGAUAUAAGGGCAGCUAGAAUUAAGAAACUGGAGAGACAGAUGAAGGACGUAGCUUACGGAACUAAACAAUUCAAGAUGGCUGAUAUUGCUCCAGAUGAAGGUGAUUAUGAGGAGGUUGAUGAGAGUAUCAAGCUCGAGAGAGGUCAGAAUCUCAUGGAGAUACAUAUAGAAAAAAUCUCCUUCUCCAAGGAAGGUCUUCGAGAGCUUGGAGAUAACGAGCCGGCAACGUUUGCUACCUAUGAGUUCUUUGAAUUUGAGCUCCAAUCUACACCAGUGGUCAAAGGAGACAAACCUGUGUUUAAGUUCACAUCUCAGUACCGUGUCACCGUGGAUGACUUCUUCCUGCAUCACCUCAUGAAAGGAGCCACCACGCUGGAGGUACACCAAGCCAUUGGGACAGAGUUCCGUACGAUAGCAGCCUGUCAACUCAAGUUCAGGGAUCUCCUGGACAAACCUCAGGGAAGGAUUCAUGGAUCAGCGCAACUUGUAGGUGUGGAGUCUGGUCGUACCGAUGUGAUCUACGGAACCGUAGAGUUCUGGGUGAGACUGAGGGUACCUAUGGACCAGGCAUUGAGACUCUUCAGGGAGCGUGUGAAGGCCCUAGGUUACAUGGCAUCUAAUCAGAGGAACACCCAGCAAGCCUUGUCCAACCUGAAGCAGACAGGAGAGGAACCACCGACCCGUGAUAGAGAUGAGAACAUCAAUGAGCUUACAGUCAAGGUCAUCAGAUGUAGCGAUGUCAAGGCUAGGAGAGAAGGUAUCCAGCCCAACCCGUAUAUCAUCUAUCGCUUCUUUGAUUUCAACGACCAUGACACCACCACAGUCCGGAGUAGCAACACACCAGAGAUCAAUGACAUGCAGACCUACCCUGUACCCGUCACACCGGAUCUGGACCGGUAUCUCAGAACAGAGACUCUUGAUUUCUAUGUGUUUGAUGACACGGAUCCAGAGGAUACAGCCUACCUAGGAGUGGCCAAGGUUCCUCUCAUCAGCUUAGUCAACAACAAACCAAUGAAGGGAACAUUUGAACUCAGAAAUAAUGAGGGCGCCAAUGGAACGAUUGAUGUGAUGAUCAGAUGGCAGUAUACCUACAUGGCGCCAAAGGUCAUUCAUACACCACAGAAGCCACCUGUUCCAUCAAGUAGCACAGCUCCCAAGCCCCCUACCACCAGACCUUUAUCAGCUAAAGCCCCUGUUCCCAUGGGUAGGUCCCCCAAGCCCCCAUCUGCGCCUCCUACAGCGCCCCCAACUGGACCCCCGUCCAUGCCCCCAUCAGGGCCACCACAGCCCAAGGAACGCAUAGCCAGACCUUCCCCAGCACCAAGAGGCUUGGAUAUGACACCAACCAGGGAUAAACCACCACUGAAACCUGUAGCGUCAUCUACACCAUCUAGCUCAGCCCCAGAAAGACGUAACUCACGGGAUAGACUGAAUAAUACAGGGCCAUUCUUACCACAGGUUCAAGAGGCCAAGAAGAAAGGGCCAAAAAAGAUUCCUGCGACAGAAGAAGAGAAAGAGAUUAGCCUUACCCCUCCCGUCAUCUCCGUUACACCCCCUACUCCCCAAAAGGGUGAGAAGGAGACCAAGCAGGAGAGAGCAAACCAAAGAAGACGAUCUUCUAUCACCAAGCCACAAGAAGCAGAACAGAGGGAGGAUGAGACAGCCCUGGAAGUGCCAGAGGUUGAGGAGGGUGACUCUGUGGAUGAUCUGGAGAGGGAGAUUGCAGGAGAGAUGGAACGGCAAGAAAAGGAGGAGCAGGAGGAAGAGAAGUUUGGAGCAGAGACGCCAGCAGCAGCAGACGAAGAAGAUGAUGACAAUGAUCUAGUGGCGCAAGAACUCCAAAAAGAGUUCAAUGAGGAUACAACCCAGAUUGGAAAGACAGAGAUGUAUGAGGAUACAAUGUUUGGAGAUGCUGCUGCCCCUGAUGAAGAGAAUGACUUCGAUGAAUCCUCCAUAGAAGAAGAUGUUGAUAUUCCGGAGCCAGAUGAUGAUGAGGAGGAGGAGGAGGAGGGUGAACCAGGAGUAGCUAAGAAUGAAAGCAUCAUCUCUAGUGAUAGUGAGAGUGUGAUCAUGCCAUCAACACCAUCCAGACCUGUCUCAGUCAUGGCUAACGAAGAUACCAUCAUAAUCAACAUCGCCCAGCUGACCAUAGACCAAGAUGCAGCUCUCAUUACAGAUGAUUCUCUUCACAGGCUCUUUAUAGAGUAUCAGUUUCUUGGCAUCGCUCAAGAAGAACUUGAGACACCCUUCUCGCUCCCCAAACCUGGCCCAAAUGGACCCUUUGAAUUGUCAUAUAAUUUUCACAAAGUGAUCCAUAUUGAUGGAGACAUGACUAAAAGAAACUACCUGGCAGACUUUCUGAGACCAGACCAUAGUGAGCAGGGAAGGCUUCGUUUCACUGUUGUGAGCGAACCUCCAGAUGAGUUUCAAGAGGAUGGUGAUUGCAUUGAAGUGGGUUAUGCUUACGUUGACCUCCGUGCCUUACUGGAGGAGGGUCGUGACCUCACUGACACAGAUAUAGAAGUGGUGAAUGUACAUGAUGAGUCUCAGCCUGUGGGCUCGCUGGGUGUGACUGUGUGGUGUGUUGCUGCCCUCAGGGCCAUUCAGCGUGAGGUAGAGGCAUCCAGAGCAGAGGAGGAAGAGGGCCAAGACAUCGACACUGAUGAGGAAGCUUGAUCAACACCCCCCUCUAUAGACCAACAGGUAGACAUCGACACUGAUGAGGAAGCUUGAUCAACACCCCCCUCUAUACACCAACAGGUAGACAUCGACACUGAUGAGGAAGCUUGAUCAACACCCCCCUCUAUAGACCAACAGGUAGACAUCGACACUGAUGAGGAAGCUUGAUCAACACCCCCCUCUAUAGACCAACAGGUAGACAUCGACACUGAUGAGGAAGCUUGAUCAACACCCCCCUCUAUAGACCAACCAACAGGUAGACAUCGACACUGAUGAGGAAGCUUGAUCAACACCCCCUCUAUAGACCAACAAGUUGCCUGAACUGCCAUGGCCUCAUGUCAGGUACUACAGAAUAGAUUUUAAAGUCCUGCUGCUGGCCUUCUAGGACAUGCUCAGAGUAAGAUUAUAUUCUUUCCUCCUAAAGUGGCUCUCUUUUAACUGGACUGAUGUGGUUUUAUCUCUAAAAAUAUCUUUGAUACCAUAAUGUCGAUGAAU